UCUGUUAUAUACUCUUCGAUAGCGUUGAGGGAAGCAGGAAGCGGAGUGACCGCCCCCCACAGGCAGGAGGCUCAAAGAGUAUAUACAGCACAGAAGUUUUCUGGCGUUGCAUUGGAGAAAAACCGAAUGAUCGCAAGGAGAAAGAACUUCCACUUUGCAGCAGAUUAAGGACAUUAAGGACAGGACUGAAGCAGGGGAUGGCUCCACGAAUGGAUGAUGUUGUGCGUCUGUGCUGCGAAAUAUCAGCUCACGAUCAGAUCAAGGUGGCAGUGAAAAACUCCACCAAAGGAGCGAUUGUGGCAGGAGGAACUGCCUUUGUAGGCGGGCUGCUCGGUGGACCUCCAGGAAUUGCUGUUGGUGGAGCAGUAGGCGGUCUCUUGGGCAGCUGGCUGACCAGCGGACAGUUUAGGCCUCUGCCUCAGAUCCUGAUGGAGUUGCCUCCUGCCCAGCGACAGAAGCUCUACGAUCAAGUUGCGAGCGUCUUAGACAACCUGGACUGGAUGGACGCGGCCCAGCUCAUCGCCCUUGUGAUGGGCAACGUCACUCUCCAGCAGCAGGUCACAGCCGUGUUGCUGAACUACGUCACAAAGGAACUCCGAGCAGAAGUGCACUAUAAAGACUGAGUUCUGACUACACCUGGACUUUUAAGGGUGAUCAGGCCUGCCAAGCACAACAAGUACUUGCAACAUAUUUUUUGUACUUAACCGGAAAAGCUUUGAAUCAUGGAUGUUUCACUUUGAUAUCUGUGCCAAAUGGAGUAGUUAGUCUCUGCUAUCUUCAGAGUUUCUAUCCUAACAGCAGUAGGGGAUACUACAGACAUUUACAAAUUACAAGGUACUUGUGUAUUUCCAUUUUAUGCCAAUUUAUACUUCUACUACACGACAAUUCAGAGGCAGAUAUAGUACUUUUUUACGCCACUACAUAUAUUUUCAGGUUCAAAUUAUGAAAAGAAAACUGAAAUCGACUGAUAAAUUAUGAAGUUUUAUUAUGGAUUGAGCCUACCGGCCGUGAUUAAUUAAUUUAAAUUAGCACCACCUUGACCAAUUGCAACAGUAGUGACAUUAAUGCAUGGCAAAUGUCUAACAUAUUGGUAUUAGAUAUUAUGCUGAACAUAAAAAUCUGCAUAAAAGAAUACUUAGGUAUCCUUUAAUGUCAAUACUUACAAUACAUGUUACUCAAUAUUGAAUGGAUAGUGACAUUAGCAUAAAUAGUGUUUCAUAUGAGAGAAUGAUGUCAACUCAAACUUUCCUCUGCUUUUAAACUAUAAGAUAUUGUCCCCGGAGAGUCAUUUAUUCUAGAAUUGAAUCUCUUCUCCACUCUCUAUCGGAGUGUUUUUAACAUACCUCUGUUUAGAAUUUUCAAAUAAAUUAAACAUUUGAAGCUAAUAUGCUUUUGAU